AAUGAAUCCUAACAACUAUCAAAACUUAAAUGCUAAUGGUAUACCCAAUUUUGCUUACCCUCCUCAUCUAUCCUAUUUCUAACUAUAUUUUCAUCCAUAAUAUCUCUAAUAUUGCCUUUAAAGACAUUUAAACUCUUGUGUUAAUACAGAAUUGCAAAGCAAUAAGCCACAAAUUGAAGCUAUCACAAUUUACAGCGAUGAUGAAUAACCUAUUGUGAAGCCAAAGGAAUAAAUUUAAAAAGUCAUCCCAGUGUUACAAAUUAAUAAAGGAUAGUAGAAGCUUUUGAACCUUGAUUAAUUAUAGUUAUAAGGGAAAAUAUAUGAUAACGAUUCGAGUGAUUCGCCUUUAUUAAAAAACAAAGUCUAAAAAUGUUUAAAAUAACAAAAAUCAAAAAUAUAAAAUAAAAACGAAAGCUUUUAGUCACUUAAAUUAAAAAAGAAAAUACUCAAACCUUAAAGAUAACCUAAAAUUUCAAAUCUAAGCACAAUAAAAUAGGUUUAGAUUGGUAAAUAUCGCUAAUAAUAUAAAUUUAAUUAGUCAAGUGUUAAAACACAAUUAAUAAAAGUUUACACUAAAAAUGAAGAUGAACGUAAGAUUUAUUUAUAAUAUGAGAUAGUGUAAAGAUUAAGAGAACUCUUAUUGAUAAAUUUUCCAAAUUCCAGUGAUGAAGAUGCCAUCAAAUUAUUAAAUGUAACUGGAAAAUCAUAUGAAAAAGCAAUGGAAUUGGUUAGAAAAAAUGAAUUACUAGUUUAAUAUAUCCUUGAAAGUAAAUUUUUAUAGUUAAUUUAGCAAAUAAAAAUAAUGAAUAUCUAGAAGAUGAUGAUGAUAAAACUACAAGAUGA